AACACAGGUGGCAGAGGGUCAGAUAACCUCAGAAGAGAGCUAAACUAAAUCAUACACCAUGAAUCAUAUGUUUCUCAGAUCAGCCAUACUAGUGCUCCUCUCUUCAGGUCUUUGCCAUGGAGCUGGCGUAGUCACUGUUGACUUUCUUCGAGCGGCAGCAGGAGAGAGUGUGACCUUUACAACAUCUGUGAAACCGGCAGCUGAGCCAUUUCUGGCUCUGACCUGGAGCUUCAAUGGCACAACCAAUGUAAUAACCUCAACCAGUGUAGAUGCAGUGGGACAAGGCUAUGAGAACAGGAUCACACUGGAUAAAUCUACAGGCUCUCUGGUGCUGAGAAAUCUGACAGAGGAAGACAGUGGAGAAUAUGAACUGAUCAUCAUCCCAUAUGGAGCAGAGCAGAUUCAAGGAACUGCUAAGCUGGAGGUACAGAUAAAAGUGUCCAGACCCACUAUGGCCUGCCCCACAGAGAACUUAAUAGAAGGCAAAACCUCUGUGAAAUUAACCUGCGAUGCUGACGGCUCUGUGUCAACCAGAGUGUGGAUGAAAGACGGCAAACCUCUGGUUUCUGGCGACAGAUUCAGCUUUCAUGAUGGGAACAGAGUGCUGUCUAUCAGCCCUGUGGACAGGAGAGACACCGGAGAGUUUCUUUGUAAUGUCAGCAAUGAUUUCAAUUUUGAAACAGCCAAAUGCACACUUAAAGUCUAUUAUGGACCUGACAAACCAACAAUCGUCCAGAUGCCAAUAGCAGCAGAACUGGAAGAGAGUGUCACUCUUGGGUGCUCUGCUGACUCACUACCACAGGCAACUUUCUUCUGGACAUUCAGACACAUUAAGAUAUAUGGGCCUGUGCACUAUAUCCAUGAGAUGGAGGAGAAUCACCUAGGGAUGUACACCUGCACCGCCAGUAAUGCUGUUACUGGUCUGGAAGCCUCUGAGGUCCACAUACUGCGUGGUAUUUGAGCUCUCUUUCUCUCUUCCACAUGUCUUUUAUCUGUUUUUUAACAGUGUGUGUAA